AUGGCCACCCACUCUCAUACCCCUACCUCACCUGUCAGAAUUUACCAAAGAACACAGGGGUCUGUCACUGCAGCAGCGCUCCACGCUUCCCCACAAAGAGGUAAGUUUCAGCUGAGACAUGCUGGGCGAAACCCUAAUGCAGUGCCGAGACCUCAAGAACAGCAUCACCACCGAAGGUCUGAAAUACCUGUGCGCUACUAUAUGACUGGGCCACAGACCAGCAAGAGAAAUCCUCAUAUAUUCUGCUCACAGCCACAGGCGGCACAUACCCAGCGUGACAAGCAGAUGCCUGACGGCAUACUUCGGAACCAGGUCCUAUAUGUUGCUCGACGAAAGUGGUGUGGGGUGGCUGAGUUUGACUGUGCUCGGAUCGCACGUCACCAGCAAUGA